AUGAGAUUUGUUUCUGCCCACGCCCUGUCAACUGAUCGUGCAGGCGCUAGACACCCACCGGCUUUCCGGGCAGGUCCCCGUUCCAGCGGUUCUGAGACGAGCGCUUUGCCCGUUCUCACGGGAAUCGAAGGAGAUCGGCUCGGGGAGAACGGUGUCAACAUGAAUGUUUCAAUAAGUCUGUUCAUGAGAAAUCCGCUGUCGUCUUCUGGCGUGAUGACCUUCGAGUCUCUUCAUCAGACACUUUCAGUCGAAAUAGAAGAUGGCUCAAACAAAAGUCAUUCUCACGACAAGCUGAGUCAAGAAAACGUACCAGCUUGUCUCUGA